GACUUACACUUGUUCCUUCUACCAACCUCAUCUUUUCUUGUCGCCCACGAUGCACAGAAUCGCCCUCAGAAACUCAGUACGCAGGACUGCGUUGGCCGCUGCUCCCAAGAGCAACGCUCCCGUAGCACUCGUGUCCCGCUCUUAUGCUACUGCCAAACCUGCUGCAUCUGAAGUCUCUUCUAUACUGGAGUCUCGUAUCUCCGGCACCUCAGUUGGUGGAAACGUUGAGGAGACCGGUCGGGUGCUGAGUGUUGGUGAUGGUAUUGGGCGUGUAUGGGGCCUCAAGAACGUGCAAGCCGAAGAGAUGGUGGAAUUCUCGUCUGGUGUCCGGGGAAUGUGUCUGAACUUGGAGGCAGACAACGUUGGUGUUUCCAUUUUCGGUAACGAUCGUCUCAUCAAAGAGGGCGACACCGUUAAACGUACCGGUCAAAUUGUCGACGUCCCUGUCGGACCUGGUCUUCUUGGACGUGUCGUCGACGCUCUCGGAAACCCCAUUGAUGGUAAAGGUCCGAUUGAUGCUGCCGAACGUCGUCGUGCCUCCCUUAAAGCACCUGGCAUUCUUCCCCGUCGCUCGGUCAACCAGCCUAUGAUGACUGGACUUAAGCCUAUUGAUGCCAUGGUACCCAUUGGUCGUGGCCAACGUGAGCUUAUCAUUGGUGACCGUCAAACCGGUAAAACCGCCGUAGCAAUUGACACCAUCUUGAACCAAAAGCGCUGGAACGAUGGCAAGGAUGAGGACAAGAAGUUAUACUGUGUUUAUGUUGCUAUUGGCCAAAAACGUUCCACCGUAGCACAGUUGGUAAAAACUCUCGAGGAGAAUGAUGCCAUGAAAUACACCAUCAUCGUUGCUGCGACAGCUUCCGAGGCUGCUCCUUUGCAAUACCUCGCACCUUUCUCUGGCUGUGCCAUGGGAGAGUGGUUCCGGGACAACGGCAAGCAUGCUUUGAUCAUUUACGACGAUCUAUCCAAGCAAGCCGUCGCUUACCGCCAAAUGUCUCUUCUCCUUCGUCGUCCUCCUGGUCGUGAGGCUUACCCUGGUGAUGUUUUCUACCUCCACUCUCGUUUGUUGGAGCGUGCUGCCAAGAUGAGCGAGAAGUUCGGUGGAGGUUCGCUCACUGCUCUGCCCAUCAUUGAGACUCAGGGUGGUGAUGUGUCUGCUUACAUUCCUACUAACGUCAUUUCCAUCACCGAUGGUCAAAUUUUCUUGGAGGCUGAGCUCUUCUUCCGUGGUGUGCGUCCUGCUAUCAAUGUCGGUCUUUCCGUGUCCCGUGUCGGCUCUGCUGCCCAAACCAAAAUCAUGAAGAAGUUUGCUGGUUCUCUCAAACUUUAUCUCGCUCAAUAUCGUGAAGUCGCUGCAUUCGCUCAAUUCGGUUCAGAUCUCGAUGCCUCCACGCGUUUCCUGCUCUCUCGUGGCGCUCGUCUAACCGAGCUGUUGAAACAAGGUCAAUAUCAGCCAAUGCCCACUGAGAUCCAGGUCCCCAUCAUCUAUGCCGGUGUUAACGGUCUUCUCGACUCGAUCCCUGUUGACCAAAUUACCCGGUGGGAGGCGGAGUUCCGCUCGCACUUGACUGCCACUCAGACCGCAUUGCUGGAGGAGAUCUCGGCCGGCAACGUUACACCUGAGAUGGAGGGCAAGAUUAAGAAAGUUGUUGAGGACCACGUAUCAUCGUUCACUUCGUAGACUCUCCUCGGUUUUUUACGCUGACGAGAAUAAAAUUACACUUAUACCUCGGCGUAUCUCAUGACUAUAAAACCCCGUUAUCUUUCUGCUGUUUCU